CGCUGCUGCCGAACGGCUCUUCCUCCUCCACCGCCCCGGCCGCAUGAGCUCAGAGACGAAACUCGUGUGCAGCACCUGCAUCUCCUGCCCCAAGGAGGAGAUCCUGCGCCGGCUGCAGCGCGAGACGACCUGCAGCGCCUGCUGCAGCGCGCUGCGGCUCAUGACCGAGAGGCCGCUCGCAGAGCUGGUGCUGCUCGAUUCCUUCGUGGACCGCGAGGACGAGACCGGCUACGUGCUGAACGAGGACCUCGCCUCUCCCGCCGCGCUCGAGGCCGCCUGCGCCAAGUUUCCGCUGCAGGAGUGGCUGAAGAAUUGCCAGCCGCUGAAGCGCGACAAGCGCUGCCCGAUGCACACAAACAGCCGGCACAUCUUCAACCAAGCCGACCUGUGGGAGGACAUGUGGGCGGAGCUCUCCGCCGCACAGAAGGCCACCAUCUGCGCGGUCGGCGCCGGCGAGCUCCACGACAAGCUCUGGCAGCACUGCACCGACAAGCACCACCUCUGCAAGGACUGCCGCAGCAAUGUGAUGUGGGCGUACGACCGGCUGACAAAGAAGGAGCUGCCGCCGGUGGGCACCGAGGCGGAGCAGGAGGCGGAGCUCUCCAGCCUGCAGGCUUACUUUGACAUUGAGCGCUCCACGGAGGGGACCAUCUGCGUGCACUCGUCGGCGCUGCCGACCAUCCUCUACCACUACGAGGACACGCUGGCGGAGGAGGCCGAGUCCUCCUCCAAGGGGCGGCACGCGCCGACGCGACAGGCCGGCCUGAGCGAGCUCCUCUGCGUAGUCGGCCGGCUGCUGCUGCGCAAGGUGCUGACGAGCUACCAGACCUCGCUGGAGGAGGAGCAGAACCAGCAACUGCUGGUGCGGCUGGUGCUCUCGCACUUCCAGGCGCAGACACUCGAGCGGCACGCGGCGCAGUGCGCCGAGUCGCUCCUCGAGGGCAUUGAGCACGACGCGGGCAAGGCGUCCAAGCGGAAGCUGAAGAAGGAGCGGCAGAAGCAUCGGAGGGAGGCGGAGGCGGAGGAGCAGGCGGUGACAUGGGACGAGCAGCAGGAGCUCGCCCUCCUCUCCAAGAUGGGGUGGUCCAACGCCGCCGCCGUCGCCCUCGGCGGCGGCGGCGAGAGCGCGCCCGGCGGCGGCGGCGCUGCCGACGCGACCGGAGGCGGUGCGCAUCCACCGCCCGCCAACGGCUGCGGCGUUGCGGGCGGGGGAGGGGGCGACGGGCGAGCUACGGAGCGCGAGGCGGCGGCGCCGGGACGUGGCGGCGCAGAGCUCGACGCGGCGCGCGCGUUGGCGUUGCAUCCGGUUGACGCAGCGAGCCUCGAGCUCACAGAGUCGGAGCAGCGCGAGUUUAGCGCGCUGGCGCGGCAAAAGGGGCAGCUGAUGGAGGAGCGCGAUAGAAUGCGCGCGGCCAUCCGGGAACGGUUCGAGCGGUUUGCUUUGGGCGGCUCUAAGGGUGUCGCGUAGUGUGAGGGCGCGUGCCUGACGCGCGGAGACGGCCGAGCCGGUACGCGGUAGUUCAUAGCUGGGCAUAGCCCGCGCUCGCUU